AUGAGGCCUAGACGCAUCGUUACAGAUCCACCCGUUUGGCCCACCCAUGCGACCCACCCGUGCGACCCACCCGUGCGACCCAACCACAUGGACCCCGGAGAGCCCGAGGUGGUGAGCACAGUACCGCUCUACAACUUUGACGGCAAGAUCAUCUGCAACCUCGCGGCUGACACGUGGCCUCUUGACAUCAGUCGACUCAAAAGUCACCCUGUGCAUCUCAUACGUGCUGUCUUGUGCCCCGUGUGCCUGUAUCUCUUCUACUCACAGCGACGAGACGUGGGUGCUGCUGCUGCCGAAGCUGACCGUGGAGCUGCCAUCGCAGCCCUCCCUGCCACGUCCCCUUCACGCAGUGCAUCUUUCACGUGCGUGCCUGCAUCCCGUCUCGUCCUUCCCUUCCCCUGCAUCCCUUCUCCUCUCAGGGACGAGACGUGGGUGCUGCUGCCGAAGCUGACCCCGCGAGUGGAGCUGCCUUCGCUGCCCUCCCUGCCGCACUUCCGAGUGUACCCCGAGCGCAGCUCCUCCUCUGUGGACGUCAACAAUUGGGAGCAGCUCGUGCACGUGCUCAGGACACAUGGACGGGGGUUGAGUCACUUCCGAGUGUACCCCGAGAGGAGCUCCUCCUCUGUGGACGUCAACAACUGGGAGCAGCUCGUGCACAUGCUCAGGUGGGGCUCAUCACAUCAGCGCAAGGGCAGUACCAGUCCGGCCUCCUCCCCAUCGCCACCCCAUGCACCUCCAUCUCAACCCACCCUCCUCCACUUCGACUGUCCCUCAAGCCCCCUCUUUUCUGUCUUCCCUCCCUUUUUUUCCUCUUUUCCCCUGCUCCUCCUGCCCCCGUUUAUCGCCCGUCAGGUGGGGCUCAUAACAUCAGCGAGAGGCCAGUACCAGUUCGGCCUGCUCCCCAUCGCCACCCCUUCCGCCACCACCUCUACCUCCCCUCUCCCACCCCCUCCCGCCUUCUCCGCCCCUCCACACCCCUCUCCAACUCUCCCCACCGGUUUCUCCUCUGCCCGGGCGUACUACGCGCCGCUGCCAGCUGGCAUCCCCCGCCGCGCCCCCGCGCUUCCCUGCGGUGCUCCCGGGGCUGCUGCCGCCGCAGCAAUCAAGACCUGCGCACACGGCACCUGGACAGAUGGCACCUGGUCAGAUGGCACCUGGUCAGAUGGCACCUGGUCAGAUGGCACCUGGUCAGCAGCACAGUCAGGUGCUCCAGAGACAGGCGCAUUCUCAGAUGGCACCUGGACAGAUGGCACCUGGACAGCGCAGAGCCUUCCGGGCCUCACUGCUGCAGGAUCUUUCUCCUCUCGCACUGCUGCCUCCGCCCCUGCCGCUCCAGUAUCCACGUCAGCACCUCCAUUGUCCACGUCAGCAUCUCCAUACCUGGCGUCCCUGGCGCACACGCACCAGCAGUGGGUGUUUGGGGGCCUGGCGGAGCUCAUUGAUAACUCCAUGGACGCCAAGGCACGCAGGCUGGACAUUGUCAUCAGCAUGGCCAAGCUCCCUCCAAGAGCAGCCGCGGCUUUUGAGGCGCCUCAAAACUUGCCAUUGUACUUCGUUCGUACACUCGACUCAACGGUCACCUUGCUGUCGCUGGGCCAUGACAUCCCCGCAGAGGAGGACCCCCACCACAUCGGCCGAUUCGGCGUCGGCUUCAAGACGGGCACCAUGCGCAUAGGCAACGACGCCUUGGUGCUGGCCCUGUCAAGGGACAGCUGCAGCAUCGCUCUGCUCUCCCGCUCGCUCAACCAUGGCCGGCAGGAGCUGAAGAUCCCCAUUACGGGCACCAUGCGCAUAGGAAACGAUGCCUUGGUACUAACCCAGUCAACAGACAGCCGCAGCAUUGCGCUGCUCUCCCGCUCGCUCAACCAGGGCCGGCAGGAGCUGGAGAUCCCCAUCGUGACGUACAAGCAGGUGGUAUCUGGGGGAGGUGCAUCUGCAGCAGGGGGAGGUGGAUCUGCAGGGGGAGGUGGAUCUGCAGCAGGGGGAGGUGGAUCUGUAGGGGGAGGUGGGACUGCUGAGUGGCAGCUGGACCUGGGGGUGCAUUCAGAGGAGGAGGCGGAGAGGCGCAAGCGAGCAAUCUUUGACUUCUCGCCUCUGGACGAGAGAAAGAUAAACCAGGAGUUCCGCAAGCUGGAGCAAGCAUGUGUUACUAGUGACUCACCCCCCACGGGCACACGCAUCUACGUGUUCAACCUCAAGCGCCUGUCCCGCCCCAUCUGUGAACAGUUGGAGCAAGCAAGAAGCAGCAGUGACGCCCCCCCCACGGGCACGCGCAUCUACGUGUUCAACCUGAAGCGCCUGUCCCGCCCCAUAUGCUCACAGCGACCCAGUCUUGCUCCCGCUUCCCGCAAUCCCCCCCGCAGGCUGGAGCUCUCGAGUGGGACCAGUGACUCCCCCCCCACGGGCACGCGCAUCUACGUGUUCAACCUCAAGCGCCUGUCGCGUCCAGAUGCAGCGUACGAGCUCGAGUGGGACGACGACGCCCACGACAUCCUCAUCCGCACCCGGCGCCCCCGCUCCCGCCCCAACCAGCUCUGCCAAGACGUGAUUUCGAGCGGGCAUAUCCCCCCCAGUGCCUGUUUCACCCACUCGCCCGCCACCAUCACAGUGCAAAGCCACGCAGUGCAGGGCAGAUAUUUCCCCAGUGAGGCAAUGCAGGAUCCUGUCGCCAGUCGCCACCCCACUAUCUCCCUUCCCCCUUCCCCUUUCGCUGCCUCACAGGUGCCGACAGGCUACUCCCUGCGCACCAACUUGCGUGCCCAUCGACUACUCCCUGCUAUUUGGGAAUCACUUUUGAGAAUUCUCAAAAAUGCCUUACAGGUGCCCAUAGACUACUCCCUGCGCGCCAACGUGCGGGUACCAAUAGACUACUCCCUACGAGCCUACCUGCGAGUCAUGUUUCUGCACAACCCCGCCACCAUCUCAGUGCAAGGCCGCGCCGUGCAAGGCAGCGCUGACAUCGCGGAGAACCUCUCCCAACCGUUCUCCACCACGGGGACCGUCAUGGGGCAGCCGGUGCAAGUGCGGAUGGGCAUGGACGAAGGCGAGAGGGCGUGUGGGCGUUGCGGGUUCUUCCUGUACUGGCACGGGCGGUUAAUUGAAGCUUAUAAGCGGGUCGGACGGAUGGAAUACUCGGGAGAUGCUGGGCUGGGGGUGGUUGGCGUUGUCGAUACCACCGCUCUCUUUGUGAGUACCUUACCGCACAUCCGUGCAAGGUUGAGGUUGUGCAAAACACAGGUGAAGGGUCUUGGAAGGCUGAACGCAUGCGAGAGGGCGUGUGGGCGGUGCGGGUUCUUCCUGUACUGGCACGGGCGGCUCAUCGAGGCGUAUAAGCGCGUCGGACGGAUGGAGUAUUCGGGGGAUGCCGGGCUGGGCGUGGUGGGCGUGGUCGAUACCACCGCUCUCUUUGUGAGUACUGAUGUAGCCGGAGAGCUGGGGGUGCUGAACUGCAAGCAGCGGUUUGCAGAGGGAGAGGAGUAUCAACGGCUCAAAGACUUCCUGUCUGUCACCUUCAACCAGUACUGGGAGGACAACUUUGAUAAAGACCUCCCCACUAUCUCUUUCUCGCUCUCCUCGUCCCUUCUGUUUGUUCAGGCGAACAUACCAGAGGGGGCAAUCCUGCGGGACCAAAAGGAAUGGGUGCAGUGCGAUAAGUGCGAGCAGUGGCAGUGA